AUGGAGAACAGCAGUUUAUCUCCAUUGAAGCCAUGGAAGAAAGGUUCAGCACGAGGCAAAGGCGGUCCUCAGAAUGCCUUGUGCGAGUAUCGAGGUGUUCGGCAAAGAACUUGGGGCAAAUGGGUUGCUGAGAUCAGAGAGCCUAAGAAGAGAACCAGGCUAUGGUUGGGUUCUUUUGCUACUGCUGAAGAAGCUGCCAUGGCUUACGACGCUGCCGCCAGAAGGUUGUAUGGACCUGAGGCCUAUCUUAAUCUUCCCCACCUCUCCAAACCAUCACCAUACAAAUCACAGAAGUUCAAGUGGAUUCCUUCCACUAACUUCGUGUCCAUGUUUCCUUCAUCUGGCAAUGGCAUGCUUAAUGUUAAUGCGCAACCUAGUGUUCAUGUUAUCCAUCAGAGGCUACAAGAACUGAACAGAAAUGGGAUUCUCCCUCAAUCCUCUUCAUCCAGUUCAUCUUCAUCUGAUUCAAAAACUGAACUGAAGAUGGUACCUGACAAAACCAAUGCAGAAAACCCUGCAUUGCUAGCAAAUAAGGUGGAGAAACCGCAGAUUGAUCUCGUCGAGUUCCUUCAACAGCUAGGAAUAUUGAAAGAAGAGAAGCAAUCACAUGGGACGACUGAAGUUGCAGAAAUUCCUACGGUGCCAGAAUCUCCAAUACUGCACAAUGAAGGAGUUGCAAGCUUUGAUGACAAAAGCUUCAACUGGGAUGCACUGACUGAUAUGUAUGAAAUUGUAGGCCAUCCAGUUGGAGAAUCUGGUGGCCACCAAGUUUAUGAUAUCCAAGAAGAGCUUAACUUCCCUACAUCCAUCUGGAACUUCUAG